AUGCUGUUCUCUGAUUGGAUAGGACAAAAAGGUCUUAUUUUUCAUCAUUAUUUCAGUGAUAAUCAAUACUCGACUUGUAUGACAUCUGAUACGGAAGAUAUUUUCGUUUACGCACCUGACGUGCCAGCGGAUAUUCCUAACAAUGAUGUUGAACAAAUGCUCCAAAAUCGCAUUGAGAGGAUCGGACGGAUGAAAAUCAAGAAUGUUAAAUACUACUCGAAACUCUGUAUAGCUGUGAUUCGGAUGAUGAAUGAGGAUGAUAAAAUACAUCUGAUUAGUAAUGUGCAGUCAGCUAUCCUCGAUUCCCAACGUGGCACAAGCAUCUUCUUUACCGAUCAACUCGAACUUGAUGCUUUUAUAGUGCUCGAUCGAAAUGCAUCGAAAUUUCUUUCUUGUGAACAAGUUACAUCUCGUCUCAAAGGAAUAUUUAAAAUAAACGAAAUCGUCUGUGAGUUGAUAUCGGAUCAAUUCCCCAACGUGUUUCACAUUACUCUUAAUUCACUCGAUGAUCUCGUCAAAGUAGCUAAUACCAGAGAGAUUCAAAUCGACAACAUUGUUGUGACCAUUUAUCCACGUGCUGAAUGUACUUUUCUAGAGGAUUUACCACCAUAUAUUACGAAUGCCAAACUUCUAUCUGCUAUUAGCAGUGAAUCUGGUGGCAAAGAACUACCAACAACAUCAUUAUACGUACAGUAUAAUAACGAUACUGGUAAUGCCAUUGUUUUAACUGCAAAAUUCAUUAAAACAUGGUCCAUAGAAAAUGUCGUUACAAUUGACGGGCGAAAAGUAGCAAAGAAGAAGAAACUUGACUACCGAGUACUUAUCUCUCCAGUAGUUCGCGAUUUUAAUGUCAAUCAUAUCCUGUAUCAUGAAUUAUUCGCAAAUAAAGUUCUUGCCCACAAACACAUCAAAGAUCAACUUAUUAUUCAACUUGAUAAUAUAGAAAGCUACAACAAUUGUUUAUCCAAAGGAUUUCUACGACUAAACGACACAAUGUUGGAAAUAAAACCAUAUGCUGUUGUUAUCGAUGCAGAAACUAUGGAUAUCAAUGCUGAGAACUGGUACGAGACAGCAAUGUUGAAGAUGGAACCGAAUAUUUUGACAUUAAUCCAUAAUCCUCAACAUCCAAUCUUUCAUUAUCAGUGGAAUGCUCAAAACUGGAUUGAACAAUUUCGAAAAUUAGAAUCGGCUGAACAGCGUUCAAAAAAUGAUGAUUUACGUCGAGCUUUGCUACGCGUAACAGUCAUGUGGAAUACGAUCGGUGUUUUACGUAAACAACGUUAUACAGUUAAUGAUGAAGAAAUUAUACUGAAACCCAAAACUAUGAAAACAAUUGUUUAUGAUCAUAAAUCAAAACUAUCGAGCGGAUUGAAGAUAUCAAGCACUAAUAUUAAAAUACCGUAUGCAUCGACUUCUGUUAAAAUAGUUAAUGAAGAUUGUCUGAUCGUUUACCAACGAUUGGUUGCCGAAGGACGUCAACCACUACUAUUGAAUAUGGCCAACCAAGUCAGUCCAGGAGGAGGUUAUCGACAAGGCGAUGGAGCACAAGAAGAGAAUCUUUUUCGUCGAUCAAAUUAUUAUCAAAGUCUUGACAUCGAAGUAGCUGAUAAGAAUCAAUCAGAGCGGCUGCGCACUAAUGAUAAAUGUGAACUUCGAUCAAUGUCACUAAGCGAUACAUUCUAUCCAAUGGACGAAUUUGGAGCGAUAUAUACAAGUGGUAUUACAGUCUUUCGUCAAACAGAAGCCGUGGGCUAUGCAUACAUGAAAUCGCCAUUGUCGAAUGUUUGUGCUAUUGCCAUGGCUGCUUAUCGAGAACCGAAGUUAAAAACAAACAAAAUAUUAGAGAAUAAGUUUGCCAUUCGUACUCGAAAGAAAAUUGAAAAUAUUUUUGCCAUUGCAUAUCAUCAUAAGCAUGACUGUCUCGUUUUAUCGGCUCUUGGGUGUGGCGUCUUUAAAAAUCCACCUGAUCAUAUUGCUGCUAUUUUUGAGUCUGUCAUCUUACAAUAUGCAGGUUUCUUUAGUACUAUUUACUUUGCUAUUAUUGAUGAUCAAAAUAUUGGUAAUAAAACUAAUCCACAAGGAAAUUUUCUGCCAUUUCACGAGUUACUCGAUGGUGUAAGCAUGCCAUCGCCAACGUUAUUCCGUAUCAAUGCAGCGGUCGGACCAAACCGUAUUACUGACAAGUCAGUAGAUGGACAAUUGAUCUUAAGUGAUGUUGUCAUUUUACACCUUCCACCAUGUGAUAAUGGUGCAAAAUGUCGUGAUUAUCAAAAGCCUGAGCAUCGAAAUCAAUUUUCACAUCCGCCUUUGUGUCCACUUGCAAAUUUAACGUCUGCUUGUGAUCGAUUGGAUGAUCCGUCUCAUACGUUCUUGUUCAUGCACAAUACUAAAUGCAAAGAUGGUGGUAAAUGUGAUAACAGUGACACAAUGCAUAUUCUAAACUUUGAUCAUCCACCCUUUUGCAAAUACGAAGGUGACUGUACAAAUAUUAGUGAAAGCCAUUUGGUUGCUUUUCGGCAUUUACCUAAUUGUCCAGAUGGUCCUGGAUGUCGGAAAAAGCGAAGAAGGGAUGCUGAACAUUUAAAAAUGUUUCGUCAUUGCAAAUCCGUCUGUCCUCACGAUAACUGUUGCGCUUAUUUUCAUGACAAGACGCAUUUAGACAAUACGAUACAUUCAUUUAGCUCGCCUUGUCCGCUAACACCAUACAUAUGUCCUAAGUAUAUUGAAUUCGUUCGAUCAAGCGACGCCAAAGGAGUUUCUACAGAAGUAGAAGAUCAUUGUCUUGAGUAUGCGCAUGUUUGCUCAUACGGCCGACGAUGCCGAAUCACAGAUGAAAGUCAUUUGGAAACAUCAAUUCAUAUUAUCCGGCAACUAUGCCCAAAAGGUAGUAACUGCACGAAAUUGACUCAAGAAUAUCAUUUAGAAUCGUACACGCAUCCUGACAUACGAGACAUUCGUUUAUUAUGCAACAUACCAGGCUACAAAUGUUCUGAGCGAUUUAACGAAAAUCAUUUAAAAAACUACCGGCACAACAAAAAUCACGAUCAUUUUUAUGUAGCACCGUCUAGUAAUCUCAAUGUGUCGAUUAAUUUUGCGCGUAAUCAAAGUCAAUUAAUUACGUCUGUGAAUAACUACAUUGACAGAAUGAACUGGCGAAAGGUCGCUAUUUCUCCCGAAAUAGUUAAUUGGGUACGAGCAUUGCAGCCCGUGCAUCGAUGUCGAGGAGAGAUUUUCGAAUCAAUUCUUGUUCUAGGACAUGUUAUGAGUCGACGUUUUAUGAAUUUGCUAAGAAAACAAGAGAACGUAGUCAGAGCAGUACAACAACAUAGCCAAGUACGUUCGAUACUUCUUCGUCAUAGUACUCCGACGGUGAAAAGCGGUGUAUGCAAGCUUAUUGAGAUCGUGGUUGAGGCGGAAUUUGUAAAGGAAAAUUCAGAUGGAACAGGUUCCUUGGAUUCUGAUUAUCAGCAGAAAAUUUCGAAGAUAGAAAAACGUUUGAAACCACCGCUCAAUAUCAGAGAAGUUCAAAUUAUUCAAGAAUGGUCACUUAAAAUUGCUCAAGCAUCGAUUAUAUUGAAUAGAGUGCCAACAGGCAUCGGAUACGACCUCGAUGAAAAACUAGGAACCGACCAACAUGUGUUCAGCAUACUUGGACCACAUCUUGGUCAUUAUUACGGUGAAAUUGUCAUUACCUUCAAACAGGAUAUUAUGUUUCAUCCUGAUGCUAAUUUUUCCAUUCACGCUGGAACUGUUUUCUGUAACGAAUCCGCUCAUGAAAUACGCCCAUGGGUGAGAAAUCCAGGCACACUAGAGAGACGCAUCGAGCAAUUCCAUAAUUCAAAACUUCAUUGUUCUGUUCAAGGCUUUGAACAUGCAGCAGCUGCCGAACUAGUGGCUGUAACAGGUCUCGAUAAAAAAUCAAUGGAAGUUGACCUUCAAGCUAUUCUUCAACAAUGGAUAAGUGUAGAUUCGCAUCUAACAUUCGAAGCACAUUUACCACAACUGAUUCCAUUGGAUUAUAUCGAGUGUGUCUAUAUACCCAAGAAUAUCUUCGAGUCUCUCUCGUCUGAAGCUCAACAAGCAGCGCGAGAUGCUUUUAAAGAUUCGCUUAUGAUAAGCUUGUACGAAUGUGAAGAGUUCGAUUCAGACAUUGAACUGGCAGAAUACCUUCGUCACAAUUAUCCAAAAUACGUAUACGAAGAACUUUGCGAAGCCAUCAAACGUCGAAUGGCGAAUCUGGACGUUUCACGAGGAAUAGUAAUUACGGUUGCUGCUUCAGAAUUCGAAGAACAUGUUAUUAUUCCGAUCAGCAUUUCUCAAGCCUAUCAUUUAUAUUAUCGUGACAAAACUCAAUCAGAAAGCGGUCAUCAAGUGACGUAUAUAUAUUGGCAAGCCAUGAAUGGUGAUAUGAUGUUAACAUUGGCUAAUGAAAAGAUCAUUACCGACGAGGAACAAUUCGAUCUUCGCUGUUUGAUUUGCUAUAUUUCAUUGAAGCCGUCAACGACAACAACAACUGAUGAAUAUCGUGAAGCAUAUUCCUAUUUAAAUGAUGGUUCACCAUAUCAACAUGCAAACAAUGUUAACACCAGUCAACUCAAAGCGAAAUCAAAUGCAUUCUAUCGUGGAUGUAAUACAGAUGAUUACUUUACUCUGUGUCUAAAGAUAGAUCAUGCAGCAGGUCUAGUAACGUUAAGUCAUGCCGGGCCCAAUAGUCUAUAUAAUCAUGAGAAGAUUGAAUGUCGCUUCAAUAAAUCUGAUUUAGAUUUAUCAAAACUAGAAUACAUUCAUUUAAGUGCUGGCUAUCACGAUGUUCCUGUACGAAAUCUAACGAUUAAUUUUGAACCAAUCCCUGAAUUGCAUCCAUCGAUUGAUACAACUUUCAAAAUAGAUACAUCUAGUUUACUUGAAAAACAUCUUGUUCCAGUUUCCUAUGUUGAUCCCAAUACGCUUGAAACUAAACGAAUUAAAAGAAUUCGACCUGUGCGAAUUGUACCACCGUCCGAUAAUCAGACUUUCAGUCUAUUAGAUCGUGUGGGUCAUGCACUAUGCUGUAAUAACGUUAAUGCAGUUGUGCCAGUUGAAUUAGAUGAGUCAGCUGCUCCAAAACUGAAACCUUGUCCUGAUUCUGUUUAUUGUUUGCAGCAGAAGUCAUCGAGGCAUAUUAAAGAAUAUUCUCACCCUUGUAGCUUUUCAGAAUUAUGUACAAGAAAAGUAAAGGAACCUCACCUGACACACGAACGGCAUAAUGUUCUGAAAUGUGCACAAGACAAAAGUUGUCUGAAAAAAGAUGAUCCAGUGCAUCGGGCAGAGUAUCGUCAUACUGAUUUGCCUGAUUAUCUUAUUCCAUGUCAAAAACAAGCGAAUUGCUCUGACAAAUCACCCAAACAUCGGAUUAAGUAUUUCCAUGGUGAAGCUUUACCUUUAAUUCGACGAGAUCAACCAUUAGAAUACGUGCAAUCGGAAAGAUAUCGUCGAAAUGUUCGCUAA